AUGUUCUCCCGCGCCUCUUCCCUCACUGUCCUGAGCAGAGGUUGUCGUUACCUUCUCCGUCCCCUACCCGCUCACAGCGCUUCGUUCUCUCUCUCCGCACGUUCCUUCGCCGCUGUCAACGCUGCCAUGGCCGAUACCUCGGGUGUUACUGCAGAGUCGCUCAAGCUCAAGCUGAUUGAGCAACUGCAGGCGCAACAUGUGGAGAUUGAAGACCUGUCAGGCGGCUGCGGCCAAGCUUUCCAAGCCGUGAUCGUUUCCCCGCAGUUUGAGAGCAAGAACAUGCUUGCACGUCACCGUCUCGUUAACUCUGUCCUCAAGGCUGAGAUUGCUGCCAUUCAUGCCUGGACCCCUAAGUGCUACACCCCCGAGCAGUGGCAGGCACGCCAGCAGUAA